GCAAUACGGUUUACGGCCGCAUACGACAGCGUCCACGAAACAGCUGGUACCACUGGUCGCUGGUCGCGUCCGGCGAUCGCAGAUCCUCAAGAACUUUGUCGGGAGGAUCGGUUCUAUCUGCACCAGCUCGCGAGAGAGUCGAGAUAGGAGGGACACGUGGACCUGCACAACGGUGCUAAGGCUCGCCCUCGCGAAAUUUCGUGGAACAUAUUCGCGAACGCGUACGCGUGAGUGAGAGUGAUAUCCGCGUUUCUUUCGGGGUUUCCGGCCUUUCAGAGACACGACGUGGCUCAUAAGUCGGUUAUCGAGGAUUUGAUAUAUCGCGUCUCGCGCGAGUGCCGAAAAGAAUAGUACACGAAUAGUGUUGAGGAAAGUCGGAAAUAAAUCCGGUUUCAUACCGCGGAAAAAGCCAAGACCUGUUACAGUUAAAGAUCCAAGAAUCGAGACUCGUUAUAGUUUAAAUAUUAAAAAAUCGUGAUUUUUUUACACACUUCAAAAUACAGAAUCUAUAUUCUAAAAACCCAAAAAUCAGAAUCCGUUAUAGCUUGAAUAUUCAAGACAUUAAAGUCUUUAUACUUUUAAAGGAAUCAAGAAGAGAUCAGUUACAUCCUCAAAAAUUCCAGAAAAGUCUUAGUCUACAGAAUCAAGAUUGGAUGGAUCACAGUCGAAGAAUAUAAAGAAGGCUUAUACAUCUCAUAGUUUUAGAUAAUACUCUUGCAUUCUGUAUCAACCGCGGGACAUACUGCGUCUUGAGGACUCGAGUAUCAGUCGUCUACUAGUUCCCAAGGAAGACAGAAUCGAUAAAGUCGCAUGGCCACCACAUCGACAGACCUGCUUGGAUACCUGUGCGAAGAGCGUCGAGCCGCGACGACGCCUCGCGUCGUCCAGGAUGCGUUCGUGCAUCACACGACCCUCGAUCAGUAAAUGACCUUUCCUGGAGCACCUGCACGUAUGACAAACCGCGCCGUAAGCCGUUCGGAGGAAUUUUCGGAGCGCCCAGCGUAAAUCUUCGAUCCUGGAGAACUCAACCGAUUUGGUUCGAAGGGUUAACCUGGCAGAGAUCCCCUCAUUUCUUCUAUUCCCAGAGGUAGUCUGUGGAACUCGAGAAUGCGGUGGCGAAUGGGGCGGAAUAGAGGGCGCUGCGUUUGAUGAGGAUACCGAUUUUAAAUCGACGGCAUCGUCCAGCAAAUUUCAACAAAUUAUUGACAUCAACUAGAACGGGUACCAACGACAACGAGGACAACGAGCGCCGCUACAUCAUUUCCAUGGACCUGACGGAGGCUUUCGCGCCAGGAGGUGGCGGCGAGGAUCUGCCGAAGACAGACUUCUUCGAUUUCGUAGUGUCGCCGCCGCCCCAUUGCGCAUCGGCCGAUGGCGUCGUCUCCGAUGAGGAGAGUUUCCUGCAUCGCGGUGCCGGUGGCUGUCGCACUAUGGGCGGUUAUCUUCAGAGCCACGAUGACCACGAGGGCUCGCACGGCAGUUCGCCCUUUAUCAAAGAGACUAACAAUAAUACGCUGACGGCACUACCGCCCGUCUCAACCAUUACCGGUUCAUUGGGCCAUCACCAUCAACAUCAUCACGUGCAUCAUCAGGUGCGUUCGCAACAUGGAAACGUUCAAACUGGCGAGACCACUGCCAUGGACCAAUCCGAGUGCGACUAUUGGGGCCAGGAGGACGAGAGUAAGGAACAAACAUGCAAUAUCCUUUUGGAGGAUCUCAAUAAAUACUGUUGGUCCACAAACGCGCACACCAACGAUAGCGUCAUUCACCCAACCGGCGGUCCCAACGAUCAUCAUCAGGCCGUUGGUUCAGGCCGCGCGGGUUGCACCGCCAACGACCGACAGAACACUGAUGGUGCCAUCUAUACUCUGACGGUGCUGAACAACGAGGCAAACUCGAUGGACGCGUUGGAUUGUUGCAAAAGUCCAGCGCCUGCGUCCGGCGACUCUUGGUCUCUGCGACCCAAUCUCGACCUAGACGCCAUUCUGAGCAUGGAGCCGUCCUCCGGUGAACAAGAUCACGAACAAGCUAGCGGCGAGGUGCCUAGGAGUGUCAACGAAAGGUUUCAUGGAUCGGAUGGCCGUGGUUUUACUGUGCCCUCGUCGCAAUACGCUACCGACGAUAGCGGAUUCGUUGAAAGCAAAGAGUUGUGCGCGCGAGUGUCCUCGGCUAACUGUUCCGGCGACAACAAUAACGACUGGAAACUGUCGGAUCAGAAUUUGCAAGAGGUAGCAGCCGCAGCAGCGGCUGCGGUCGCCGUUGGUGCCGGAGAUUCCGCCGAAAGUCUUCUGAGAAGUGCUCUUCAGGGCAAACUAUACACCGGACCAGCCCAGUCGGUUUCCUCGUCUUCGCCGUCCUCACAGACGUCCACCAUCUCGAUGCCGGUUUCGGGAACUGCGGGUCUAUUGGUGUCCGAUCAACAACAACAGCAGCAGCAGCAACAGCAGCAGCAACAGGAGGACUCCAUGCAGGCUUGCACCGAUGAGGAUUUGCUGCUCUCGCAGUUGGACCAGACGACCUAUCGACCGGGCGAUUACGAGAAGCUUAAAAGCAUCGCGAAUGAAGUGGUGGAAUCGUACUGCAGCCUCGAGCCGGUUUGUAACGUGUCGGCGACUACUACAGUGAUGUAUACAUUAGAUCCAGCAAGUGGGAGUCUAGGUACUAUCACGUUACCGGCCGAUCUGGGCCAGGUGAGCACUGUGACAGUAGUUACGGCUGCUCAGCAGGAUGUUCUGCAACAACAAUCAGCUCAACGAACCGACGUGGAUCAGCAACAACAGCAACAACAGUCGGGUCAGCUGCAGCUGACUUCCGGCCGAGUAGGCGUCACUUCUAAGCCGCCGAAAAAGUACGUCAGACGCGCCAAUCGCAACAGCAACAAUGCCAAUGGUGCCAGUAACGGCAGCGCCGGUACGGAGGCUAGCAACGCGAGUCAGCAACAAACCAGCGGUUCCGGUGGCUCGCCCGGUAGCGUUCAACGCAAGGAACGCUCUCUGCAUUACUGCAGUAUCUGCAGCAAGGGCUUCAAAGACAAGUACAGCGUGAAUGUGCACAUCCGGACGCACACCGGCGAGAAACCGUUUGCCUGCUCGCUCUGCGGCAAGAGCUUCCGGCAGAAGGCCCAUCUAGCCAAGCACUAUCAGACCCACGUGACUCAGAAGCCUGCGAGUAUCCAGCAGACCGCUUCCGGGAGCGGCGGAAACAACGGAAACACCAGUCCGACGGCGGAGGCUAACGCGACCUCCGCGUCCCCCGUCAUCGCCAGCAGGUCCCAGGUCGCUGUAGACCCGACGGGAACUGCCUGCAGUCCCCCCAGUUAGUUCGCAGAACACAGACGCGGCCACAACGUCAGGCGCAGAUACACGUCGUCCACGAUUUCUUUUUUAUUCUUCUGGGAAAAGAUGGCGGCCGAACCUGGUCUCCGCUUUCUUCUUAUUCUCCAUUUUUUUAUAUGAAUAUGAUUUUCUUUCCAUGAUGGAAAGGCGAGCGAGCUUGCGAGAAAGAGCGAACCAUGACGAACGCAUUAGAUAGCCGUAUCGUGUACAGGGUGUCUAGAAACAAACUCAUGUACUCUUGCAAAGUUAAUUUCUUGAGAAAUUAUUUUAUACAGUUCGAAAUACAUCUAACUUAAGUCACUCAAGUCGGACUUCAAUUAUAUUUAAUUAGUAAUAACCUGAUUAAAUUAUUUAUUUGCUUAAAUUGG